AUGGUGCUGUUGAGUCCCUCAGUCAGCGCAUUGAAGAUGUUGUUAGCCAUAUGUGAACGGUUUUCUGUGGCUCAUGGACUCAAAUACAAUGUCACAAAGAGUGAGUUAUUAGUAUUUAAAUCAGGCACCAAGACGUACACCAUUCCGCCAAUAACUCUGAGUAGAUCUCCUCUUCAGACUGUACAGGAAUUUAAAUAUUUGAGUCACUGGGUCACGGACACUCUUAAAGAUGAUGUUGACUUGGAAAGGGAACGCAGAGCACUAUCGAUUAGGGGUAACAUGCUUGCACGGAGAUUUGCACGUUGUUCUCACGAGGUAAAGAUCGCGCUGUUUAAAACGUACUGCCAGAUGAUGUACACGUGCAGUCUCUGGAGCAAUUACACCGAGAAAGCCUUUAGUGCUCUGCGGGUCCAGUACAAUAAUGCCUUCAGGGGAUUGUUGGGGCUGCCCUGGCGCUGUAGCGCUUCGGGGAUGUUCGCCGAGAACGGCAUUGACGGCUUCCAGGCCGUACUGCGAAAGCGCGUGGCGUCGUUGUGGGUGCGCACGAGGGGCAGCACCAAUACUCUUCUGAGGGUGAUCGCGCGUAGAAUGGACAGCCCUAUUAUCAGUCAUUGGAUGGGCAUGCAUGUGCAAUCCAAUAAGAAUUUUAAAUUUGUUUAA